CACAUCUCUAACAUAUUUUCUCACGCCAUUUUUACAAUAAAAUUUUUGUACCCAAGUGACGCUAUAUUUCCUUAAGCGGCUUGUGCAUAAGGAGUAUUAAUACUCCUGUUAUUGUAUUCAUAAGAAAAAAAGACUGUUUUAGCAUUCGUUUGUGAUGGAUCGUGGCGGUUAUGGUGGUGGUGCCGGGCAAGGCUACAACAAUUUUGCUGUUCCCCCGCCAAACUAUCAGCAAAUGCCAAAUAAAUCUGGAAACUAUAACGAACCACCUCCGAACUACAGUAAGCAUGGAGGCGGUGGUUAUGAUUCCGGCCAUCGUGGUUCUUCUAAUAGUGGUGCAAGCGGCUCUUGGAACGAAAGGGGAGGAGAUUCAUAUGGAAAUGGAGGCGCCAGCAAGGACAGCUACAACAAAGGAUCCGGUGGAUACUCUGGCGGUGGUGGAGGCAGUGGCGGCGACAUGAUCACCCAAGAGGACACGAUUUUUGUAUGUGGCAUGGAUCCAUCAACAACAGAGCAGGAUAUUGAGACUCAUUUCGGAGCUAUUGGAAUAAUAAAGAAAGACAAACGCACAAUGAAGCCAAAGAUUUGGCUGUAUAAGAACAAGGAGACAGGAGCUUCCAAGGGCGAAGCCACUGUAACUUACGACGACACCAACGCGGCGCAAUCAGCAAUUGAAUGGUUUGACGGACGUGACUUUAACGGCUGCACCAUUAAAGUGUCUUUGGCUCAACGUCAAAACAACUGGAGCAAGGGAGGCGGUGGUCGCGGAGGAUUUGGUGGCCGUCGUGGCGGAGGAGGAGGCGGGGGCCGAUUCGAACGUGGGGGUGGUGGAGGCGGCGGCGGUGGAAAUCGAUUCGAUCGCAGCGGUGGUGGAGGAAGUGGAGCUGGCAAUGUUCAGCCUCGAGAUGGCGACUGGAAGUGCAACAGUUGCAACAACACUAACUUCGCUUGGCGUAAUGAAUGCAAUCGCUGCAAAACUCCUAAAGGCGACGAAGACGGCUCUGGUGGCGGUGGUGGAGGCGGAUUUGGAGGAGGAGGAGGUGGUGGUGGAUAUGGUGGCGACCGUAGCAACGAUCGUGGAUCUGGCGGGGGCGGAUAUCAAAGCAGGGACCGUGGUGGAAAUUCUGGAGGAGGCGGAGGUGGAGGCGGAGGUUACUCCCGCUACAACGACAACGGAGGAGGUGGUCGUGGGCGUGGAGGUGGUGCCGGUGGAAAUCGGCGCGAUGGGGGAGGACCGAUUCGAAGCGAUGGAGGCAUGCGUUCCAGACCCUAUUAAACGCUUUCGACAAGACGACAACUUUUCUUUCACAUUUACGUAUUAAUUGUAGCGAGUACUCUCUUUUAAAUUUACCACUCAGAGCAAAAAAGUAAGGCCUGCGCAUACUUUAUUUUAACUGAUUUCUCGUUAACACACGAUGGACGCGGUUAUCGCUCGUUUUGACUUAGACUAUACAUAUAUAUGUAAUCUAAUUUAAAAAGUAACUGUAAUAUGGUACAUAAAAAAUAAAAGCGUAUAUAGC